AUGUCCACUAAUACUGACCUCUGUCUCUGCUUGGAUACAGAUGUGUCCUCAUACAUCUUGCCUCAAUAUGCCAUGCAGCAGAAGAUGCCUGGCAUGAGAGCUUUUGGACUUUUUGUGGGAUAUCCAAUAGACACAAUUAAGGUUCGUCUACAGACACAGUCUAGGUAUCGUGGAAUUAUAGACUGCAUAGUGAAAAUUUACAAGAAAGAAACAAUUUUUGGAUUUUUUAAAGGCAUGAGUUUUCCCGUGGGCAGUGUGGCAGUCAGUAAUUCCCUAAUAUUUGGAUCAUAUAGCAACGCAUUAUACUAUUUAUCUGGCACAACAUGUAAGGACUGGUCAAACCCACCAAAAAAACAUAAUGUUUUCCUGUCUGGCUGCUUUGCAGGCUUUGUUCAAGUAUAUUUCACAGCUCCAGUUGACUUGAUUAAAGUAAGGUUGCAGAACCAAACAGAGUCAUUUGGUUUCCAAGAAAAAACAGGCAAUCUCCAGGCUCAAUACUGUGGCCCUGUAUAUUGUGCAGUCCGCAUAUUCAGAGAGGAAGGCAUUAUUGGUCUCUACAGGGGGUCUACUGUAUUGGCUCUCCGUGAUGUGCCCACUAUUGGCAUACACUUCUUAACUUAUGAAUCUCUUUGUUAAUGGAUGUCCAAUGAUCGUGAAAUGCCAGAUACAUGGACUAUGCUCUUUGCUGGUGGCUGUGCAGGAACUUUGGGAUGGGCACUUGCAAACCCAGUGGAUGUUGUGAAGUCUCGAUUGCAGAUGGAUGGGAUGGAUGGUGUCCAGUAUCGGGGAAUAUUUGACUGUUUUUACAAGAGCAUUAAACAAGAAGGGGUCAGGGUACUCUUGAAAGGACUCACAGCCAAUAGUCUCCGUGCCUUUCCUGUUAAUGCAGUGACUUUCCUCAGCUACGAAAAGCUUCUUCAAGUCUUACGAUGAAUGGAAAUUAACCUGUUUCCAAGGACAGCAAAAUCAUGUCUGUAGCGUAAAGUACACAUAUUCUAGAUGUUUAGUAAUAAACAAGCACAAA